CAUGCCCCACACGCAGAAAUUCCCCGUGACUACCACAUGAUUGUUGAAUGUUUGAUUCUGUAGUUCUGAUUGAUCGUAUGUGAGUGGCGGCGUUUUCUGAAACAGAAGGGCCAAGAACCUGUGACAAAAACCCACAUCGUAAGACACGAUUAUUUUUACUAUAUUACUUUCGGUGAGCGUGUGCACAGCGAAGACAGGAGACAAUGGCAGUACCGCAACCAAAGACUGCUUAUCCAAGGGUGCAGCCGGGUCAAAGAAUUGACACUACGUCAUACGAGCUCAGGGUCACACACCCUCUGAGGUGUCGAUCAGCCUCCGAAGAUGGCCGUACUUGUCGUCAGCCAGCUGCAGAUAACAGAGUACAUCGCAGCCCUUCGGCUGAGACUCAGACUCGAGACCGCAAGGGCAUCCACGAACUUAUCUAUCGCAGCCCGUCCCUUAUGUCUGUUGUGUCCAUACAUGAAAAGACAUUUCAUGGGUAUCCACAAGGCCAAAGACCUGUCGACGGUCGUUUUCCGUUUUCCGAAAAGUCCUAUCCAUGGCAAGGUACGGCCGACGAACGCGCGAUGGCACCAUCUCUACAGGUGCCACUUGAGCAGCGAACACCUAGUACAACUAUGUUGGCGCCACCAACAUUUCCUGUUGCACGCACUACGAGCGGGACAGCUUUGGUUCCAGCACAGCCUGGACAACCAUUUCGAGCAAUGACAUACCAGACUCCUCAGCGAAAAAUAUCACCGACUGGAUCGGCAUAUCCACCAGCAGGUCCGGUAUACCGAUUUCCCGCUGAGGCAACUGGGUACGAACGCCUUCGGCGGACUGCAAGCGGGACGUUACUAGGGAGAGUCAGUCCUUCUGGUCAGUAUCCUGGGCAACAGCUCGUACGAACACCAAGUGGAACAGUGUUAGGACGAAUGAGUGCUGCAGCAGAGUUCCCUGGUCAACAACUAGUACGAACUCCGAGUGGGACACUAAUAGGUCCAGUGACGCCAGGAAGUCAGCUCCCUGGACAACGUCUAAUGCAAACGCCUAGCGGAAGAUUCUUAGCGCCUGUGCGUCCACCCGGACAGUUUCUUGGGUAUCAAAUGGCACGAAGAGCCUCAAUGCCAACGAUUACGGGGCAGUACCUCCCUGGUCAACCGACAAGCUACCAACAGCUCCGACGAACUGCAAGUGGAGUUCUCUUGGCGCCGGUGAGUCCAUCGCGACAAUAUCCGGGACAACAUUUGCUGCGAACACCUAGUGGAACAAUGUUGGGAAGAAUGAGUCCAGUAGGGCAAUUUCCUGGGCAAAGACUCGUGAGAACACCAAGUGGGACAUUGGUCGGUCCAGUGAGUCCAAGGCAGCAAUUUCCAGGUCAACGACUUUUGCGAACGCCAAGCGGAACCAUUUUAGCACCUGUGGGCCCUCCAAGACAGCAGUUGAUACGGACACCAAGCGGAACGCGGUUGGUACCAAUGAGCCCAGGACCAUAUGGAGCCAUGAGCCCAGGACCUGGUCAGCCAAUGGGUUACCGACCGAUCAGGCGAGCCGCAAGCGCCACCUUCUUGCCCCCAGUAAGGCCGUCUCAAACAUACUUUCAGCAACCUUUCGUACGUAGCCCAAGGGGGACUGGAUUAGGAGGAAGAAGUCCAUUUGUACGAUCUCCGGGCCAGAUGCUAGUACGAACACCAAGCGGAACAUUAGUUGGACCCGUGAGUCCAAUGAGGCAAUUCCCUGGUCAACGCCUCUUGCUAACGCAAAGUGGAACUGUGGUCGCACCUGUAAGCCCGCCGAUGCAGCGGUUAGUGCGGACUCCAAGUGGAACAGUGUUAGCACCAAUGAGUCCAGGAGGACACUUCCGUGGUCCACCUAUGGGCUAUCAACAAUUGAGGCGAACUGGCAGCGGAACCUUAUUGGCCCCUGUCAGUCCAUCACGACCAUACUUUGGGCAACGUUUUGUGCGGACUCCUAGCGGAACAGUAUUAGGAAGAAUGAGUCCCGUUGCCCAAUUUCCAGGACAGAGAAUCAUGCGAACGCCAAGUGGAACAUUGGUUGGACCUGUAAGCCCAAGGCAGCAAUUUCCGGGACAGCGUCUUCUACGAACGCCUGGCGGAACUAUGUUAGCCCCGGUGAGGCAGCAGUUAAUAAGAACUCCAAGUGGAACACUAUUAGCACCAGUGAGCCCAGGGCAAUAUAUCUCAGGUCAGCCGAUGGCAUAUGAGCAGCUCAGGCGAACAGCAAGCGGAUCCUUGUUGGCACCUGUGAGCCCAUCUCGUCAGUAUGUUGGGCAGCAGCUCGUACAGUCUCCUAGUGGGACGAUGCUAGGGAGAAUGAGUCCAGUUGUACGAACUCCAGGUCAAAUGCUACUACGGACCCCAAGUGGGACGUUGGUAGGUCCCGUUGGCUCAAGAGAACAAUUUCCAGGUCAACGUCUCCUGCGAACACCAGGAGGGACUAUGUUAGCACCCGUGAAUCAAGAACAGCAGUUUGUAAGAACCUCGAGCGGUACGCUGUUAGCACCAAUGAGUCCAACCGGGCAACAUCCAGCACCACCGUUAGUAAAGACAUCUAGUGGAACUUUGUUGGCACCAGUGAGUCCGUUAGGACGAUUCCCGGGUCAGACCCUGCAACGAACUACAAGUGGAACGCUGUUGGUGCCAGCUGUCCCGGCUCCAGGACUGCGGAGUCCAAGUGAAACAGUGUUAGCACCAUCUAGACCGACAAAACAAUAUGUUGAUCUGCAGAUAGGUUAUCGAUCGCCAGAAAUGACGUACAGUGGAACUUCGUCUGGACAAAUGACACCUAGAACGCGCUACUUGUCACAGUCUCGGUAUGGACUGAUUCCGAGUAGACCACAGUUGCUCUCACCGAGACCUUCGAGACUUUCUCUGGCAAGACCAAUGUAUGGUCACAUGUCGCCAUCACAAAUGUCACUGGGAGCUCAGUCCCCCAGAAGGCCCUGGCUGAGGUCGUGGAUGCCGAGGCUCUUCGGUCCAAGGUCACCGAUGCAACGGCCGCGAGGGGGACAGGUGCCACCCUCGCCCCAACGGUCAUGGCUUCUAGCUCGAGCCAGGGGUGGAUCGCCAGUCAGCUGGUCGCCCCCCAGGUCCCCCGUGAGAACGCCCUCUCAGGUCUCCUUAAUCAGCUCAACCCGAUUGGAAAAUCUACGACAGUACCGUAGGAAGCGUCACGUCCUCUUGGAGUGGAUAGUAUUGUGGGUCUUCAUCGUCACUCUUGCCGUCGUCUUGCUUGCUAUUGUGGUGGUACAGGCCUUCCAUCAACCACGUCUCGAUGAGAUAGAAGUGCAAGGCAUCUCCGUCAUGAACAGGCUCCUAAAAGUCACCUUUAUACCGAAUGAUUCUGUUGAUCAACACAUUGUCCUCUGGCCUCGCGAGAAGUACAUCAGGGCGUACCUCAAAGAGCUGACGAAAAAUGUCCACCUGGCGGGGACUGUGGCGGGAGCUGCGACGUCCGAGUACGUGGAAGAAGUCCUCAAAAGUAACUGGAUUAACCACACCGGAACAGAGCGUUUUACUGUGCUGCUCUCGUUGCCCAACAGUCAAAAACCGAAUACAGUUGCUGUGAAGAUCGGCGCUACCACGUGGCGUCCUAUGUGGGCUCGUGAGCAGACGUUCCCUGGUAUAGCAACUGAAUUCUCCCCGCCCUUCAAUGCUUAUUCAGCUAUUGGAAACAUCACGCAAGGCCUCAUCUACUGCAACCGCUGCCUUAAAGAUGACUUCGAGACGCUCAGUUCUCUGAAAGUGUCUACGUGGCGCAAAGUAUGUCUGUGUCGUUACUCCCCGGAUGUGAGUCCCGGUACUGCCAUGAUGCACGCGGAGGAGAACAGCGUUGGAGCCGUGCUUUUCUUUUUGGACCCUGCCGACGUGGCUCCAGAGCAAGGCAAGCCUGUUUUCCCGCACAGCUGGUGGAUGCCUGAGUCUGCGCUACGACGCUCUAACCUGCGUGCUGACAACUGUAUUGGAGACCCCAGCACGCGCGGAUAUGCUUCCAGAGCUGCCUUCACUGGAUUGCAAAGAACUCCCGUGAGCCAAGUUGCUGUGCCGGAAGGUUUGUCUCAGCCUAUCACGUACAGAGCCGCAAACGACCUUUUGAACAUGAUGCAGGGAACUGCCUGUCCCGGUGACUGGGCCCCGAAACUCCAAGCAGCGUGCAAUAUUGGCGAGGGAACAUCAACGACGGUUCGGAUCGUGAUCAACAACAAACUGGACUUCGUUAACAUUGACAAUGUGCUCGCGUAUAUCAAGGGAGCUGUGGAGCCAGACCGCUAUGUGGUAAUUGGAAUUCCGAUGGACGCUUGGAGCGCAGGCGCUGUCGCUCCAGGUACCGCUGUUGCACAGGCACUAGAAGUGUCGAGAAUUCUCGGAGCCCUGGUCCAGGACAAACUCUGGAAGCCUCGAAGGUCCAUAGUAAUGGCUGGCUGGGAUGGACAUGUAUUUGGACAUAUCGGUUCUACCGAAUAUGUUGAGGGACGAAGACAGACAUUAAUGAUCAGAGCGGUUGUGUACCUCAACUCGGAUAUGUGCUCUUCUGGACCAGAGUUCAUGGUCUCUGCAUCGCCCACGAUCGCAACUUCGUUCGAAGAAGUCUCCAGAUUGGUGCCGCACUACAUAUACAAAAAGCACAGCUACUACGAUGUUUGGAAGGCUUAUUACAAGGCAAAGAUGUCUUCACAUGGAAAACCUAAGUUGCCAAGCCUCCGGGGAGGGGGUAGCCAUCGUCCCAUGGUGCAGCUGGCUGGUGUUCCGUCGCUGGACGUUAGCUUUGGGAAUAACUACACCCACGACCUGUACUUUCCCGCAUAUGGUACUGGAUACGAUACGUUGAACAUGGUGGAACACUUCACGGAUCCACACCUGAAGGCGACGAAAAUGUGUGCCCAACUGAUAGGCCUAAUGGCAAGAAGAUGGGCUGACUCAGAGAUUCUGCCGUAUGACCUGAAACGUCUUCGAAACUCUGUGUAUAGGGCGUUCGAUGAACUACACAAGAAGCACCUCAACACACUUACUACGCACGGAAUAGAGCUCGAUAUGCUUCGGAAUACCAUUAUGCACCUUGGAACUAAGCUGGACGAAGCGGUAAAGCAUAUUCAGAACCAUCCGAUGGAGAAUCCCAUUGAGAUUCGUCAACUGAAUGACAGAAUCAUGCGCGUGGAGCGAAUAUUCGUGCAGGGUGUUAGCAACGUACCAGGGGCAACGAGGAACAUGCUAUUCGGUUGGUCCUCUUCGGUUCCCAACACGAUGACUUUCUUCCCCAUUUUGGAUGAGCUACUGACCAAGCAGGCAACCUCUUCUGCAGACCAUGAGGAAUCAAUCCGAGUACACAUUUCGCACGUCGCUCAUGGCCUCCGCCAAGCUGCUGAUUUCGUCGACUUUAGCCGCGUUGUGUGAAUUCUUUAUCUGGAAUUAUUGCGCAUUACGGAUAAUAAAGCGAAACCAUGUUAA